AUGACGCGCGCCCAAGACUUCGAACAACUCUACCAAGGCAAAGGCAUCCUCGAGACCUACAAAGUCGCCGAGAAAAUCACUCCUUACUAUGCCCAGGAUCUAGUCGACCUUUUGGGCCUGCCCAAAACUACCCAGAGACCGCUGGUAGUUCUUGACCUCGCCUGCGCCACCGGGGUCAUUGCCGAUGUGCUGCAUGCAACGCUUGCUUCCGAAGCACUGGAAAGCUGGAAGCUGACUUGCGGUGAUAUCUCAGCUGAGUUGGCUAGCCAUGUUAAGCGCAAGAUUUCAGAGCACGGGUGGUUGAAUACAAGUGCACGAGUGAUGGAUGCGCAGAAGACGGAGCUGCCAAGUGCGCACUUUACGCAUGUCUUUGUGGCCCUUGGUGGGUUCUUUCCAAACCACCUUGACUUUCAAAGGGAUCUUGCUGAUUUUUUGAAAACAUUUACGUCUUUCCCCGAUAGGAUGUUGUUCGAAUCGUCCGGCCGGGAGGACGGCUUACCAUCUCAACAUGGCAGCAAAGGCACAGUUGAAUGGUUAUCCAUACUCGAAGCCGCCGUCGCCACUAUCCCUGGCAAUCUGCCAUUCCCUACCACCAAGGAGUCCAUGUCCUACAGGAAUGCCGGCUGGGAUACAGAAGAGUACGUUGAAUGUCGCCUGAAGGACCUUGGCCAGAGUCAUCUCCAGCUCCAUCAGGAAGUAGAGAUCCAUUUAAUUCUGGCGCUGCAUGUGCGCCUCAAUGGCCUUGCAAGCGUCCCCAAAACGUCCCUGUGUGUCAAUUCUGCGGAUCGCGGAGAAGCGGAGCUGAGCCAAGGACUGCCCCGUCGCCGCGGCCUUGAGGGCCGGGUAGAAAUACUCCUUCAGGGUGACGCCGUCUUGAUCAGGUCCAGGGCCAUAAAAUCGAAUCUAACCCUCACCGAACUCGCAGCGGUUUUGGGCUCGGUCCCUAGCCUAGGGAAUCGCACCGGUUUCGGUUUCCCUAGGGUGAAACCGAUUUGA